GGGAGCACCGCAGCGGCUCUUAGCCACCCAUCAUGACGCCGCUGCCGCCGCGCCGCCGCCAAAUGAGGUCAUCACCACCUUCCCCCAACAUACAAAAGUACUUCCGUACAUCCCCUGCACUCCUACUCCACAUACCAUUCUAAGAUACCCCCCACCUCUUUACGACCGACCCACGACUCAACAUGGACAAACUCAAGAACCUCAUCUCUCCUGGCCACCAGCAGGACGACGAUGUCCUGUACCGCGGAGAACACUCCAACAACCCUUCUACCCACUCCACCAAUACCACCAAAACCUCUGGCGAAGGCAGCCACUUCAAAGACGCCAGGGACUCUGGUCUGUCGAGCCAUGCCGUGAACCCCAGUGACAGCCAUUACAGCCAAUCGGGUUUUGGAACCGACGGUCCAGCUACCUCAACCUUGCCCGACCGUACCGCACAAAAAACGGGGUCAACGAACCAGACGCUCAACCCCAUCGACAGGGAAUACGGCGAGUCGCGCUACGGGACCACUGGUACCACCGAGCCCACACAUACUCCUGCAGCAGGUGGUAUAGAUGCACCAGUGGGCGGUACUUCACAGAACUUUCAUCUGGGUUCCACUACAAGGACUGAACGUGAUGCAGCUGGAACUGGCACUGAUCGUCACUUCCCUCUUUCGGGAGGAUCUGUCGCGGGCCACGGCAGAACGGGUGAUUACGGUGCUGGCGAUACCACCGGGGCAACCGGUAGAGAUUCUAUCCUGAGCGGUGCCACCGGCUCCUAUGACAAUCAGCGUGCAGAGCCUGGAGCUUUUGGCUCUCAUGGAGUUGGUUCCACUUCCAGUGGUCCUACUGGGGACUACGGCAACACGAGCAUGACCGGAAGCCAUGGAACUCGCGGAAGCCAUGGUAAUGAGGCUCUGGCUGGUGCGGCUGCGGCUGCUUCAAUGGCCGGGCAUGGUCAUGGCCACGGAAACGAAGGCAUUGACACUAGGAACACUGACACGGCUGAACCUCAUUUUGCUUCUGGUCCGCACGUGACAGAAACUGCGAACAGACUCGACCCGCACGUCAGCGGCAGUACUGGACUGCCAAGUGCAUCCCAUAUGGGAUCGAGUGGCCCCGAGACUACUGCCGGUUAUGGCUCCGGCAUCGGAGCAACGUCUACCGCUCCCGGCUAUGAUACUUCCAGUGCUACUGCGGGCCCUACGUCUCACGAUCAGGGACAUCAUUACGGCCGCGAUGCUGCUAUUGCUGGCGGCGUCGGAGCAGCAGGUGCUGGCCUCUACGAGGCUCGCUCGAAGGGAUCAACCACGGAGGAUCCAGCUUCCAUGACCCAUGGACCACACAAGAGCAACAUCAUGAAUGUCGCAGAUCCUAGAGUGCUCCCUGACACAGACAAGAUGAAGGGUCACCACGCUGAGUCGACUGCCACUGACCCUGCACCUCACACUACCGGCCCGCACAAGAGUGACGUUCUAAAUGUCCUGGACCCUCGAGUUCUCCCAGAGCCAGAGAAAAUGAAGCAGCACACUACAGCCGGCCCUCACCAGUCAGACACCCUCAACCGCAUGGACCCCAACGUUGACUCAAACCUGUCUAGCCAACAGGGCCAGCACCAUCACGGUCGUGAUGCCGCUCUUGCUGGUGGCGCUGGAGCUGGCGGAUUUGGUGCUUAUGAGGGGAACAAGCGUCUCCACAACGCAGCCGGCCCUCAUCAAUCCGACACUACGAACCGUGCCGACCCACGCGUGGAUUCAGAUCUUUCUCAACAGGGAUUUGGUGCUUCUGAGGGAAACAAGCGUCUCUCCAACACUGCCGGUCCCCACCACUCAGACACUAUGAAUCGCGCUGAUCCCCGUGUGGAUUCAGAUCGUUCCCAGCAGAGCCAGCAUCAUUAUGGCCGUGACGCUGCUCUCGCUGGGGGUGCCGGUGCUGGCGGAUUUGGUGCUUACGAGGCUGACAAGCACCACAAGAACACUGCUGGCCCGCAUCAGUCCGACACCAUGAACAAGUCUGAUCCGCGCGUGGAUUCGGAUCUCUCUCAGCAGGGCCGGCAUCACAAAACCACUGCUGGUCCGCAUAAGUCGGACGCCAUGAACAAGGCUGACCCUCGUGUUGACUCAGACCGGUCCCAAGAGAACCAGCACCACUACGGUCGCGACGCUGCUCUUGCUGGUGGGGCUGGAGUUGGUGCAGCCGGGGCCUACGAAUCGGCUAAGCACCACAAUGACCAUAACAACCCCUACACUGCGUCUGCUAUUGAUCCUAGAGUUGAUGGCAACCGCACUAGCGCUGCUCAGAGAGGACCAGCGACUGCCACAUAUGGUUCCACAGCUAGCCAGCCUCAAAGCCACCAAUAUCAACGCGAUGCUGCCGGUGCCCCUGGUGUAGGCGCCGCUGGUGCGGGAGCGCCCUACGAUUAUUCCAAGCGGGAAGCAGAAAAGGCUGAAAAGGAGCGUAUCAAGAAACUCGAGAAGGAGGCAAAGAAGAAUGAGCCCGAAGAGAAGAAGCAUCACGGCAUUUUGGGUUUCUUGCACCGUGACAAGGACAAGAAGGACAAGCACGACGAGGAGCCUACGACUACUCACCAUACUACGGCCCGUGAUACUGCCACUACCAGUCACCCUGAUACCACUGAAAAAGCGGCUCACCGCGCUGAGGCAGCCGCUCUCGGUACGGGUACUGUUGGCGCUGGUGCCGGAGCUUACGGGGCCGAACACGAGCGUAACCGUCUGCACAAGGAUCCUCCUGCCGACCACCCCGCCUCCCAGGCCCUUCAGGGUGAGCAGUACGGCAUGUCCGGUGCUCUCGGUCAGCCCGGAGCUGCGUCAGAGCUUGGAACCAAUGACCCCAAUGCCCUUCCCAUGGGAGAUGAUGGCAUUGUCAUCGAGCCGCGCACUGGCUUGCCCAUGAACGUCGGCAAGUACGGCACCGGUGUCGGUGGCACGGAUUCCAACCCUACUAUUCACGGCUACCACGGCGAGACUACCGGCGCUGCUGGGAAUGAGUUUGGCGAGAAUACCACUGGUACGACUGGCACUGCUGGCACAACUGGCACUACCAGCCAUAUGGCGGGCACUGGCUCUUCAGUUGGCCAUGGCAACGCCUCUUAAUAGUUGCAUCUUGAGAGAUACUGAUCGGAAACGGCAUUGAUGAGUGUGGCAAAGAAUGACACCGUCCUCUUGCUUGAAAUUGACAAGAGCAUGGUCUUCUACCAAGAAAUAUCCUCAGUUUUCUUUAAUUUCAUAGUCUUGUAAUAGUAGCCAAGAGACAACGAUUAGAAAUUGCGAUGACAG